UGAUCAGUGUAUUACCGGAACAUCUGAGACUUUACGUAGGUACAUCACUCGGUGGACUGCCAGUGAUGAAUUGGCCCUUUAUCGACAAAACACUUUUUAUUUCCACAUUAUCUGCAUAAGGCUCAUUUAAAAUGAAGGUCUUUAUUUUGUGCAUCAUAUUGUGUACAUUCGUCAUGCCUGUUGCAUCUGAUGUUGGUGCAGAUGUAGUGUCAGUGUCAGUGAUGGAGGGAGAUUCAGUCACUCUAUACACUGGACUUAAAAAAUCCCAACAAGAAAGAAUGAAAUGGUAUUUUCUUGUCGAUCGUAUAGCAGAAAUCACUGGCGAUCAGUGUAAAAUCUGUACAGAUGCUCAGUGUAAAGAGAGAUUCAGAGAUAGACUGAAGCUGGAUCAUCAGACUGGAUCUCUGACCAUCACAAACAUCACAAUCACAGACACUGGACUCUAUAAACUACUGAUCAAUAGCCAUAACAGUGAAGUAAUCUUUGGUGUUUCUGUCAGUGCCAUUUCUGCUGCUCUGCUAGACAAAAUGAAGAAAAAGGAGGGAAAAUCUGUCAGUUUAGAUCCUGGUGUAAUAAACCACCCAAAUGAUAUGAUGAUGUGGUAUUUUAAUGACUCUCUCAUCGCUGAAAUCACUGGAGAUCAGAGUGAGAUCUGUACAGAUGAUCAGUGUAAAGAGAGAUUCAGAGACAGACUGAAAUUUGUGUCUGGAUCUCUGACCAUCACAAACUGUAUAACCACAGACUCUGGACAUUAUACACUACAGAUCAACAGCAGCAGAUUCAGCAUCAUUAGGAGCUUCAGUGUUACUGUCACUGAUGCAUUUGGUGUUGAUACAGAUGGUCUGUCAGUGAUGGAGGGAGAUUCAGUCACUCUACACACUGAUGUUAAAAUGACUCAACAAGACAGAAUUAGAUGGUAUUUUAAUAGCAUUCGCAUAGCAGAGAUAAUUUAUAACCACAGUAAGAUCUGUACAGAUGAUCAGUGUAAAGAGAUAUUCAGAGACAGACUGCAGCUGGACAGUCACACAGGUGACCUCACCAUCACAAACACCAGAACUACAGACGCUGGAGUUUAUAAACUACUGAUGAACAGCCGCAACAGUGACAGGAUCUUCAAUGUUGCUGUCAGUGGUGUUUCUGCUGCUGAACGACAUGAAGUUAACAGAAAGUUAGUGGAGAAGGGAGAAUCUGUCACUUUAAAUCACGGUGUAAUAAACCCAAACAGUUCAGAGCCAUUUUCAGGUGCUGCAGCAGCAAGUGCUUCUGUUAUUGGUGGUAUUUUUGAUUUUAUUGUUGUCCUGCUCAUGGCUGUAGCAGCUGGUUGUGUGCUUAACAAUGGCAAGUAUGCAAGCAUUACAUUCAAAUGAUUGUACAAAAUGUAAAUAUUUAUUGUGCAAAAAGAAACUUAAAAUGUUCAAGUGUAUUUUAUUCUAAUUGGCCAAUUAAGAGUUUGUUAUUAUUGUUUAAUUAUUGUCAGGAUACAGUGAGCACAGACUCCGUUUGUCUGAAGAAAAAACAGAAGUCGUGUAGCACAAGUCACCAUGGCGACUAUAAACCUGCUCAAAACCAACACCUUCUUGAGUUAAAUGUGAACUUACCUGGGUAAAAACUCAAAACAGCUUCGGCAAAGGUCUCUGCAGUUUGCUCUCGUUUCUGGUGUUUGAGGCUCAGUUUGAAUCGGUGUGCUGCUCUGUAAAGGACUACUUUGGUUGUUGGAUUUUUACUGUACUGUUUCUGCUGCAUGGACUUUUGGUCAGAUAACUGUAUAUAUCUUACUCCGGAUUAGACCUAUGUAUUGAUUUCGCUACCAUGAUUGUCUGUUGUUUCUUGUAUUUCUGUUGUAGUUGUGUUCAUGUUUGAUUUGUAAAGUGCUUUGAGCUCUGGAAAAGCACUAUAUAAAUU